UCCGCUGUCCCUAUCGCAACGGUUGAGUCGCUGCCAACUUCGCGUCUUGACCGACGUCAAUGUUGCCAGUCCAGUUCAGGCAGCUUCUCGGGAGGCGGUGCUCCACACAAGACCAACAGGAUGGCGGACGACACACGAGGGAUCAGUUCAGAGGGCAGCCAGCAGAGCCCUGACAUGAACCGCUGGGGCGAGGGGAGUCGACGAGGGGGCUCAAAAGCCCCCAAGAACGACCCCUUUCGCUUUGAAGGGGAAGGCCUCUCCUUUCGUGCCAAACUGAUCGGCAGCGACGUUGUGGAAUCUGCCCGAGGCGAUCGAAUGUGCCAGGAGGUGAUGCAGAGGCUCAAAAAUCGAGUGAAACUUUCGGGCGAACACAAGCAACGCAUUGUGGUGGGCGUCUCCCUGCAGGGAAUCAAGGUCCGAGACGACAAGUCGGGGGAGCUGGUGUUUCACCACCCGGUGCACAAGAUAUCUUUUAUCUCGCAAGACACGGGCGACUCCAGAGCCUUUGGCUACGUGUGCGGUUCCCCGCAGGGAGGCCACCGUCUGAUUGCCAUCAAAACGGAGAAAGCGGCAUCUCAACUGGUGGUGGCCCUGAGGGACCUCUUCCAGGUAGUCCUGGAAAUGAAGCAGCAUGAAAUGCUCCGCGCCAAAGACAGUCAAGAAAAACGCAGAGAAGAAGAGCUCCAUGCCGGCCUCCCAAAUGGGACAGAUUUUUCUCAACGGGGAGAAGUACAGGAAGUACUGCACGAGGAGCCACAGGAAAGCGGGCCUGCCGUAGUUGAUGACCUUUUGGACCUUCAGUUUGAGCUGGACUCGCUGCAAUUGGGAAUCGAACAGAUGGAGAGCUCUAUGGCGGGCGAUCCAUUUGACACUUCCUUUGUACCAGAUUCUAGAAGCAGGCCUUCCCGUCCCUUCUUCUCCGAGCCGGUCACCCCGAUGUCACCCGUGCCGCCCCUGCUGCCACCGCCCCGGGUGCUUCCCAGCUUUGUCCCCCUGUCGACUCCCACCACACCCUGCGCACCACCACCCGGAGAUCCGUUCGUACCUCCGAGGCCGCCGCAGAGCCUGUCCCUGAGGCCCACCAAUCCGUUCGCAACCAUGUCACUCCCUGCCACGCCGGCCGUGCCCCAGGGACCGCCCCCGGCCCUGCCCCCCAAGAAGCCCCCCUGCGUGGACCUCUUCGCGGAGCUGGACCCGUUGAGCAAGGACCGCCCCUACCGAGACAGGACAGAGUUUUUUCAGGAGCUGAAGAAGCCGGCCAAGAAGGCACUGCGCGAACUGGGCGAGGAGGAGACCCUGCAAGUUAGUGUGCCGUCGUGCCGUCCUGUCCUGUCUUGGGAGACCUUUGAGGACAGCUCUUCGUCCUCGUCUCAGGAGAAGCCGCCCCCGUCUUUCCCCCCUCCGCCCCCGCCCCAGGCGAGUCCCCCCAUCCCCAUUCCCCCCUCGAGCGAGGCAGAGAACGGCUUGCAGGUGGCGCGGCCCCUGAGCAUGGACGAAGGGUUCUGCAGCGGAGCAUCCUCAGUGUCCCCGUCCCUGCCGCGCGAGGCCCCCAUCUUUGGGCGCAAGAACGAUCCCUUUGCGGACGACUUUUUCUCCGCGGGGGCAGGGGAGGCCAGGGCUCAGCAUUCGGUUCAAGGUUCAACAAAGUGAAGUAGGAAAGUGUGUGUGUGAGUGUGCGUGCGUGUGCGCGCGCGCUAGAUACUUACGUGCCAAUUGCGUCACGGCCAGACGUGUGCGAGGAGGUGUGUAAAUAAUAGGAGAGCGUCAGGUGCUGACCAAGAUAGGUUUUUGUGUGUGUUUUUUUUCUUCUUCCUUCAUAGUCUUCCAGACAUUUUACAGUUUCUGCAGAAAACCGUGGUGCAAUUUGUUUUCGAAAAAUGAUAUGCAUUCCGACUACUUGUUCACCAUUUAUUUGAAUAAAAGUUUUAAGGCAUGUUGAA